CCUAGCAACUUACAGUGCUAACGAUGUCAACGUCUCCGAGAAUUAGGCCGCUUACGUUGAUGGAUACAAAGUUUGCCGAUGGGAUCGGACCAGGACAUAUUCCGACUUUUUAUUCGGAGCAUAGAAGAUCCUGGUUUCAGCUAUCACCAUGUCUGGUUGUUACGGACAGCUGCGGGUGUCCCCCUUAACUUUCCCCGUUUCCCUCAUCAGUUCAUCGCCCAGCUUGUCCAACCAACGGCCUUGGGAGGUCGUGAGUAAUGAACUUUUGCAUGUGCUGAGUAUAUAUUUUUUCCUUCUUGCUUAAUUGCAAGUGAAUCGGCCAUCAUGUUUACGUAUUUUUCUGGCAUGUUUAUUUUCUAUCCAUAUAAUGUUGUGAUAUUUUAACAUACUCAGGUGGAGGCUUUAAAUAAGGCAAUUGGGCUUUUUGCCUCUCCCUGCACUGUAUGCAAUUUGUUUUGUUUGUCCUUUUCUAUGUAUUUUAAAUGGUGUAAAAGAAAAAAAGAAAGGAGAAAAAAAAGUUGAAGACGUACAAGAAUCGGUCCAGUUUUGAUGUGUUACUUAGUUUUGAAGGACACAAACGUGUGUGUGUGUUUGUGUGAGAGUGUAUUUUAGUGUGACAUUUGGGAUCUGGGGUAUCUAAUUACUUCACUGGUUAGCUGCCUUAUGUGUUGAAAGAGAGGAAUUGCUUGAUUAUAUAAAAAUAAUUCUCAGAAUAUAAACAUUAGUGAGCUUUAUAUUCUGCUAAGUGGAGGCAGCAAUCAUUUAUUUCAUAUCCCCUGAUUAAGUUAAAGUAUAAGAGCAUUCAUUUAUUAGUUUGGGUAACAGUUAACCAAUUUUACUAUAAAUGGUUAUUUAAUUUCUUUAAAUUGUUUAUUGGCAAGAUUGAAUGCAUUUUCUGAUGAAGUUGUAGCUUGAUACUGCUACCACUAUAUGGUAGUACAAAGCAGUGUUACAUAGAAAGUAUCAUUACUUCCCAUGUGUUUUUGUUUUGUACAUAUACUCUUAACACCAUCUCUUUACAUUUAUCUUUGUUCUAUAUUGGUUUGUCCUUAAAAAACUGCAGAGUCAAGAAAAAGUCUGGCUUGGUCUGAGUAACAAAUUCUCUUAAAAUUGAAAUGGGUAUCGUUUUGUUUAGAUAUGGUUGGAGUUUGCAUUGUUGAGCCUGUGACAUUCAGUUUGUUGCAUACACUGAUUAAACAGAGUUGGAACAUAAUAGGUGGGAAUCACAGAGUAACUCACUGGGCAGAACCUCUUGGUUGUGACCAUCAUCAAAGCCUCUUAACUGUCACGGAUGUUGGAGGUAAGUAGGACCCAAAUGCAGCCAAAACUUGGGGAACGGUGCAGACAGGUUUAUUAACCACAGACAUGAACAGACGACGUGAACUGAUUGAGGAUUAAACAGACAUGAACAGAUCGAGGACAUACCCAGAGAACAACAGGAUGUGAACAAACCCAGAACUAAACAGAUGAACAGACAAAGGGGAGCACAAGGACUAUAUAGACAAAGGAGGCAAGGGUGAUUGAACACAGGUGAAACACAUUAGGGCGGGGCAGACAAUCACCACAGACACAGGAAGCAAGAACACUGACACACAUGGAAACCAAUUACAAAAUAAAACAGGAAGUGCAAAAGUCCAAAACAAAACUAACAAAAAGUGUCUGCCAUAGCAAAGCAUGACACUUAACUAUAGUGCAUAAUGAAUGUUUUAAGAUCCUACUAUUGACAUAUAAAGUUCAUACUGGCCUCUGUUCAUGUUACAGUGUAUGUGACCUCUUAACUGCUUAUGAACCAGUUUGUAGCCUGAGAUCCUUGGGCAGAAGUCCUCUAGUUUUUUCCUCAGGCAAGGCUGAAAGGUAGAGGUGACAGAGCCCUGAAACUCUGGAACAAGCUGCGUAAUAUCAGGUCAGCAGAAUCGGUGAGCCCUCUUUAAAUGUGUUCUUAAAACUUCAGUGAGCUUUUCCUGAUUUUACUUAAUAUUAUUGAUUUCCCAGGCUACUUGAUUCUGAUAGAUAUUAAAAGAUUGUCCUUUUUUGGUGACACUGCAUUUUUUUUUAUCCUCACUGCAAUACAUAAAUAAAUCCUAUUAUAAUUAUGAUCAAAAUGGAAUGUCUUUCUAAAUGACAGCUUGAUAAGCAAUUUUAAGUAUCUUCUCGUGUUUAAUAUUUGAUGUAGAUGGGUACAGCCUUAUCCAAUGGCUUGUAUGUGCCAAGAUAGCCAAAAUGUCUUUCCUGCGAUCCACCUGUAUAAAAAGGAAGCAUAGAUGGGAGUAGAAGGUGGGUUUUUUUUUUUCUUUGUCACAUUUAUUCUUUUUGACCCUUGACUACAUGAUUACAGUACAAUAAAUUAACAUUAGCUAUACAGUUGACCUAGGUUGUAGGUGUUUGCUAGCCAUGAACAAUGUCGGCCAACGCUGACUGCAGAUUAGCACUGAUUAAAGUACAUUUCUAGCCAAAAGAAAGACAUGAAAGUAAUGUUGCAUGACUUGUUAACACAGACAAAAUAAACAUCAGAGAUGCUUAGCUACAAGCAGAUCCUGCAGGAGCAACUAAUCAUUGUGCCAUAACAGGGUGGUUCAGAGCAUUUUUGGGAACACUUCUGCAUCUUCAGCAGUUAUCUGAUUCAAAUCUAGUAAAAGGAAAAACAUGACACCUGUGUUCACAAACGAAAAACAUUAAGCAACUUCAGAGGGAUUACUUUGCAAAACCUUAUUUGGCCCCUGUUCUUACUGGAGAGAAAACAAUUCAGAUCAGACUUUGCAAAUGCGUCAUCAGAUAUAUUUUCACACUUGCCUCUUGCCGCUUCUGUAGAGUAUAGUAUGUCAAACCACAAAAUUACUGUAAGACUUGUACUGACCUCAUGCAUAUUAAUAAGUGAAGAGGAAGGAAGUCAGUCUUAUUUUAACAGCCUUACUUCUGCUUGCUGCACUACGCACAGAGGAACAUCACCUCCCUCCAAUGUAAAAAGAGAAUUUUCUUUAUAAAAUUGAUAUUUCUUUCAUACAUUGUUCACCAGCUAAUGUGUCUUAUUGUUUCUUAAGUCACAGAGAGAUGAGAGGAGCAGCUAUGCGUUUAAUAGCAGCAUCAAGUGGAUUUGUCGUCCUUCUCACUUUACCAGUGAUGCAGGGUCAGAAUGACUGGGGAGUGACUUACACUCCUACUGAUCUUAUCUGUGCCCUUGAAGGAUCAAUAGCGGAAAUACACUGCAGCUACAGAUCCCCAUCCAGGUUAAAUGAUGCUGAUAUGGCAGUUGAAGAAACAUUCUGGUUCACUAGAUUCAGUGAUAAUGAACCUGUGGAUCUGAGAGCAGACUCAGAGUAUUCAGGUCGUGUUCAGUAUCACUGUGGUGAGAACGACUGCACUCUGAGAAUAACAGACCUGAGAGAGAGCGACUCAGCUGAGUACAAGUUCGGGUUCAUUACAAACCAACCAGGAGGGAAAUAUACAGGUGAACCUGGAGUCACUUUGUCUGUCACAGGUUUACAGGUGAAGAUGAGCGAAUCAGAAAGAUGCUUGGUUGAUCCCUGUACAUGGUCACGUCUCACGUGUCACAGCAGUUGUCCUCUACCUGAUCAUCCGUCCUACAUCUGGUACAAGAAUGGAAAGAAUAUGUGGAAAGAUGCACAUUCUUUUAAAACCUACUUUUAUGGUGAAAACAGUUAUGCCUGUGCUGUAAAAGGACACGAGGAUUUCCCCUCUCCUUCAGUGUGUGUCUAUGGUUCUUCAUGCAACAGAGUGACUUACACUGACAGAAGCAUCUGUGCCUUUAAAGGCUCUUCAGUCGACAUUUCUUGCACUUACAACAAUUAUGAAUCUAUCAAAUCUAAAUUCUGGUUCAGUAAUGAUCAGCAGGGGUAUUACACACGACUUGUGGACCUUCGUAAAGACUCCCAGUACUCAGGUCGUGUUCAGGUCCUUGAAGCAGAGAGAGGACGCUCCACUCUGAGAAUCACUGACCUGACAGAGAGAGAUUCAGCUGAGUAUCGCUUCAAAUUCAAAACACAAGGGUUUGAAUGGGAGAGCAGCUUACGUGGUACAACUCUGACUGUCACAGAUCCAGAUGUGCAGGUGCAGGUGAUCUGGACUUCUACCAGUCCAAAACUGAUUUGUUCCAGCAGCUGUCUUCUCUCUGCUCGUUCUGCCUUUGUUUGGUACAAGAGUGAAAAAGAAAUUCAGGGAGAGACGUCUCCAUCUUUUAGAGGACACGUUGAUCUUGAGGACAGUUAUUCCUGUGCUUAUGAGGGUUACCGCUCCCCUGCAGUGUAUGCUCCGAAGGUGUCAGUGUUGAUGAAUCCCUCUGGUGACGUAAUGAAGGACAGUUCAGUGAAUCUCACCUGUAGCAUUGAUGCUAACCCAGCAGCUAAAUACACCUGGUACAAAGAGAACCAGUUACUGCUCAGUGGAGAACCGCAGCUUGUUUUCACCUCCGUCCAGUCCUCCGACUCUGGAGAGUAUUACUGCACAGCUGAAAAUGAGCUGGGGAAGACGACAUCUGAACAUGUCUCACUUAAUGUGAAAUAUGGUCCUCAGACCUCCACUCUGUCAGUGAGUCCCACUGGUGAGAUAGUGGAGGGCAGUUCAGUGAAUCUGAGCUGUAGCAGUGAUGCUAACCCAGCAGCUAAUUACACCUGGUACAAGGAGAACCUAAAACUGCUUCAAGGACCAGAAGGAGUUCAUCAUUUCUCCUCCAUCAGCUCUGAGGACAGAGGGAACUACUACUGCAAGUCUGAGAAUAAACAUGGACAGAUCAACUCUGCGUCUCUAUUCUUAGAUGUCCAGUAUGCUCCAAAGCUUCUCUCUGUGUCAGUGAGUCCCUCUGGUGAGAUAGUGGAGGGCAGUUCAGUGAAUCUGACCUGUAGCAGUGAUGCUAACCCAGCAGCUAAUUACACCUGGUACAAGGAGAAUGAAGACUCACCAAAAGCUUCAGGACAGAUCUUCACCAUCACUGACUUCAGACAUGAACACAGUGGGAAUUAUUACUGUGAAGCCCAGAACACAAGAGGACGUCGUAACUCCACCUUAAAUCUGACGGUUGUAGCAGGUGCAUGGAAAUCAGCAGCUGCUGGAUCAAUCACUGCUGUUCUCCUGGCUUUCAUCCUCCUCGCUGUCUUCCUGUGGAUCAGAAGAGAGAACUCCUUCACACAGCAGUGUAAGUGUGGAGAGAGACCUGACAACAGAGCACAGCUGAACGUGGGUCCAGUGUGUGACACCCCGUCAUCUGCAGCACAGAGACAAGCAGCAGGACAGCAGGAUGACCUUCACUACGCCAGCAUCUGCUUCUCACAGAACCAGGGAGAUGUUGUCUACUCCAAAGUCAGAGUUCAUCCCCAGAGAGAAACAGAGGAAGAGGAGGAGGAGGAGGAGGAUGGGGUUGAAUACUCUGCUGUCAGAUUUAACAAUGCCAGCAGUGCACCAGGAACAAGACGUCAAGAAGAUGGAAAUUAUUCAUGUGCACUGUACAGCACAGUCAACAACAACAAAAACACACCAUGAAUCUGAGCUUUGUUAUUUAUACUUGGAUUUUACAGCAUCAAGAGAAUCAGAAAAAAUACAAACAUAUAAACAACAGUGGUUUAUGUAGGGUUUGUAAAGACUUGUUUGUUUGCUCAUUGUUUUUUAAAAGUUGUUUGAACAAAAUUACAAAGAAAAUUCAUAUUUA